GCAUCGAGCUUUCGUCGUUCAUUCGUUUGUGCAUCUAGCCAAUCUUUACAGUCUUUACCAAGUCACUCAUUCAUCUGAUUUGAUCGCAUCAUUUUGCUUUAGCUGUCUUGCUUAAUACUCGCAUUUAAUCACAACACUACUCAGCUUCCCCACCAUGAUCCCCUCCACGCUUCUCGCCCUCGUCAGCCUUGUCUCGGUUACCCAAGCCGCAGCCGCUCCCAAGAUUCUUUCCGCCGACGAUGUCAUCGUUCUCAAGACCGAUGGCACUUCUCAAGUCAUGAAAGCCGCUGACCUCGAACGUCUCGAGACUGCCCCCGCUGUCAACACCAAGACUCCCUCGAAGCGAAACAUUGAGCGUCGUGGUUGCGAGAGCACCGAAGUCCAAGUCCUCUCCGAGAAGGAGUUUCUCAACUGGGAUGUCCCCAUGUCUCCCGUCAUCAGCAGUCUCGACGGUUCCAAGGCCACCGUCAGCGUCACUUCCGGCUUCACCAUCGCCAACUCUCUCAAAGUAGGCGCUAGCUUCAGCAUCCCUCUCAUCGAAGACAUUCUCACCACUUCGCUGAGCAUUGACUACACCGAGACCUGGACUUCGAGCCAGCAGCAGUCUCUGUCUUUCCAAGUUCCUGAGAAUCACCAUGGUCUUAUUGUCAGCCAGCCUUAUGUCCGACGUGUUCAGGGCAAUGUUCUUGAUGGAUGCGGUGAUGAGAUUGAGAAGACGGAGUUUACCUCGGAUUCGUAUGAGAGUCAGACUUAUGGAAAUCUUGAGUGGGUUAAGGGUAUUAUUCGUCUCUGCAGCAGCGAAACUUAUCCCGUUCCCUUCUGCAAUGGUGAGGGCGAGCACAAAUAAGACUCUCUAGCAUAGAGCUUGGGUCCGGUUCGGCGCGCAGGGUGGUUGAGCGCCUGUCGCAAGAUCGAGCUCAAAUGACACAAUAAUUCACAUAAUUGAUUCCGUU